CAGUCCGCCGCUUUGAGAUACAAGUGAGCUGUAGAACUGUGGGAGGGUGGGUGAGAGCCCUCCCCUCUCCCCCUCUCCACAGAUGUCUAAAUGGAUCCACUCCUUCAUAACCAAACUCUUCUCCGGCUUUGCGCAGACGGUCCAAGUGUCCAAACCGGACUGUGACUGUGCGUAAACGGCCACGUUGACGAGAUGGCCGCAGUUUAGAGAUCACAACUGUGCAGCAACACUUUGAAUCGCGCAACAGCAUAAGUUAGAGGAUCACAGCAGCCCGUGGUUACAUGUGAACCCUUGCCGGUCUCCCAUCGCACUGCCGAGCGGCGCUGGCGAUGCCAUGCCGCGAAGUCACACCGGCGACGACACCGGCGGCGGCACCGGGCUCUGGAUAAAGACCUCAGCAGGACGCCGGGGGCAGCAUUACUCGCUGAAAGAUGUGGAGUCCGGACGGAGGACGAUGAUGAACAACGCGGGGAGAGUCGGAGACGGGCUCCUCUCUCCGGCGGCGGCAGGUGCGGCGGAGGGAAAGCAGGGUGCGCGGCUCAGCCUGCUGGGGAAGCCGCUGACCUACAGCGCGCAGAGCGGCCGCAGGAACGCGCGCUACCGGCGGCUCCAGAACUACCUGUACAACGUGCUGGAGAGACCACGGGAGUGGGCCUUCAUCUACCACGCGUUCGUAUUUAUCCUGGUGUUUGGAUGCCUGGUUCUCUCUGUGUUUUCUACCAUUCCUGCUCACCAGGAAUUCUCCUCACACUGUCUCCUCAUCCUGGAGUUUGUGAUGAUCGUUGUGUUUGGUCUGGAGUACAUCAUCAGGAUAUGGAGCGCCGGCUGCUGCUGUCGCUACAGAGGCUGGCAGGGACGCCUCCGCUUCGCCAGGAAGCCAUUCUGUGUUAUCGACAUCAUUGUACUCAUUGCCUCAGUUGCCGUGGUUUCAGCCGGUAGCCAGGGUAACAUCUUUGCCACCUCAGCGUUGCGUAGUCUCCGUUUCCUACAGAUCCUGCGCAUGGUGCGCAUGGACCGCAGGGGAGGAACCUGGAAGCUGCUGGGAUCUGUAGUUUAUGCACAUAGCAAGGAGUUGGUGACUGCCUGGUACAUUGGCUUCUUAGUUUUGAUCUUCUCCUCCUUCCUGGUCUAUCUGGUGGAGAAAGAAUUCAACAAGGAGUUUGCUACCUACGCCGACGCUCUGUGGUGGGGCACGAUCACCCUGACAACCAUCGGCUAUGGUGACAAGACUCCACAAACGUGGACCGGUCGGCUGCUGUCUGCCGGCUUUGCUUUGUUGGGGAUCUCCUUCUUCGCCCUGCCAGCUGGCAUCCUGGGGUCAGGAUUUGCCCUGAAGGUUCAGGAGCAGCAUCGACAGAAGCAUUUUGAGAAGAGGAGGAACCCAGCUGCCAGCCUCAUCCAGUGUGUCUGGCGUAGUUAUGCUGCUGAUGAGAACUCGGUUUCCAUUGCUACCUGGAAGCCUCAUUUGAAGGCGCUGCAUACCUGCAGCCCUGCCAAGAAAGAACAGGGUGAAGCUACUUACAGCCAGAAGCUGAGUUUUAAGGAGCGCGUUCGCAUGGCGAGCCCUCGCGGUCAGAGCAUGAAGAGCCGCCAGACAACCAUCAAUGACCGGCAGCGCUGUUCCCCUGGUAACGAGGUGAUUGGCGGGUCCGAGCUGAUAAGUGGAAGUCCGGCCAAAGUGCAGAAAAGCUGGAGCUUCAACGAUCGAACUCGCUUUCGACCUUCGCUGAGGUUGAAAAGUCAGACCCGUACAGCUGCGCCUGAUGUGGACACAGGCAUGGCCACAGAGGAUUCCUUUGACGAGCGAGGCUGUCACUGUGACGUUACAGUGGAAGAUCUCUCAGCCCCUCUUAAAUCCGUCAUCAGAGCUGUCAGGAUCAUGAAGUUCCAUGUGGCAAAGAAGAAGUUCAAGGAGACGCUGCGUCCGUAUGAUGUGAAGGAUGUCAUUGAGCAAUACUCUGCAGGACAUCUGGACAUGCUCUGUCGUAUCAAGAGCCUUCAGACCAGGGUCGAUCAGAUCCUUGGAAAAGGCCAGAUUGCAGUGGAUAAGAAAAUAAGAGACAAACUGCACCCAGACGGUGACUCCUUGGAGGGUCUGAGCAUGCUGGGACGUGUGUGUAAGGUCGAAAGACAGGUAACCUCUAUCGAGUCAAAGUUGGACUCCUUGUUGGAGGUUUAUCGCCAGGUGUUACAGAAAGGUCCCUCAGCUCUCACCCUGUCCUCCCUGCCUCUAUUUGAGUUGGACAACCACAAGUACCACAACUCAGACUACCAGAAUGUCAUUGGCAGGGAUCUCUCCUCUUGCAGCCCCCAGGAAACUGAUCCAGCUGGUUGUCGAGGAGACAGCAGUGACAGCAUAUGUCGGUCUGUUAGAAACAACCCCAGAGGUCUGCGGCUCAUCCUUGCGCCUGCCGAAGAUGACCCCCCUCCAGACUCAGCACCCCCUUCUUACCCCCCGUCCACAGCCUCAUUGUCCCCAUCACCCCUGCUGCCUCCAGACAGCCCCUACCCUACACUCCUCACCCCCAAUGGCACCUCCAAGAAGGCACACUUGCCUGACCUCCCGCCCCCACCGCCAACAACAGGUUUCACCCUCCAGCUGCCACCCAUGGCGCACCUCUCACACCACCGAUGUUCAACCAACCCUGUUCCAGACGAUAUGGAGGAUGGAGUGACAGCAGAGGAGGGCAGCCUGGGUCCAACUGUUGUUGUGGGGUCCAGUGUGGACAGUGACCAGGAAAGGGACAGUGAGGCAAGCCAUGCUAAUGAAACAGUGCAGCUGAGGGUGAAGCCUGCCUUGAAAGGAGAGGGAGUCUGGAGGAGGCAAUUAAGCCUGGAGGUCAACCCCCUACUACAGCUCUCAUCCAACUCUGAUGGGAGGCCUUCAGACUGGGGAGGCAGUUUUGGAAAAUCCCUUUCCGUGCACAAUCUCAGCCAACCGUUGAUGAACCGUGCCCCCGGUCUGUCCUCCACACUCAAUAACAGCAGCAGCAGCAGCAGUAAUGGUAGCGAGUGUGGCAAUGCCCAUGGUGACCUCAGCAACUGGGACAGAACACAACUGUUCAUUAGUGAGUGUAAGCUGGAGCCAAAACAAGAACAUUUUGACUUUCUGUCCCAGGUACCUGACAACAGCCCCUCAGAGCUUUUGCAUACUGUAGAGGAGACUGCACCCCACACCAAAGACACCUCAGACUUUCUCAGUCAAUCCCCACAUGUACAGCUGGCGUAACCAUGCACAAACGGGCAC